GUGUCGUCACCAGCCAUCCCGGAAAUAAGGUCGAGCGAGAAUGAAGUGAUGGCUACGGCCUUCGUCGUCAUUUCGACAAUCGGAAGAAAAUGUCAGCUGGUUUUCAACUCUUCUAAGAGAACUACAAACAAGUCUGCUCGGACCCCCGUCACCAACGCCCCCCCAACCCCCAGCCAUCCCCGGCCGGCAUUUUGGUGCGCCUUCAAAGAAGGAAACGAAUCAGACUGAAAAACAAAUUGGACAAAAAAUGUCGCUGUUCCAAUCGGCGUUGGAUUUCCUCGCCGGGCCCGGCUCGGUCGGAGCGGCGAGCCGGGACCAGAACGACUUUGUGGGACAGAUGGUUGAGCUGGGCGACAUGAAACUACGGAUCAAGCGGGUGAUUGCGGAAGGUGGCUUCGCCUUUGUCUACGAAGCCCAAGACAUCAGCAGUGGCAAAGACUACGCUCUCAAGCGACUUUUGUCUAACGAGGAUGAGAAGAACAAGGAAAUAAUCCAGGAGGUUUGCUUCAUGAAAAAGCUGUCGGGACAUCCCAACGUGGUCCAGUUUUGCUCUGCCGCCUCGAUCGGCAAGGAGGAGUCGGACACGGGUCAGGCCGAGUUCCUCAUCCUCACUGAACUCUGCAAAGGCCAGCUGGUGGAUUUCAUGCGGCGGGUGGAGCAGCGCGCCCCCGUCUCCUGCGACACGGUGCUGAAGGUUUUCUACCAGACGUGCCGCGCCGUGCAGCACCUGCACAAACAGAAGCCCCACGUUAUACACAGAGACCUCAAGAUUGAGAACCUGCUGAUUAGUAACCAAGGCACCAUCAAACUGUGUGACUUUGGCAGCGCCACCAGCGUGGCGCAUUACCCCGAUUACAGCUGGUCAGCACAGAAGAGGUCCAUGGUGGAGGACGAGAUUACAAGGAACACCACUCCAGCAUACCGGACUCCGGAAAUGAUCGACCUGUACUCCAACUACCCCAUCAAUGAAAAGCAAGACAUUUGGGCCCUGGGCUGCAUCCUCUACCUGUUGUGUUUCAAGCAGCACCCGUUCGAGGAAGGCGCCAAGCUGCAGAUCGUCAACGGGAAGUACUCCAUCCCGCAAAACGACACCAAGUACACGGUCUACCACAAUCUCAUUUGCUCCAUGUUGAAGGUGAACCCAACGGAGCGGCUGUCCAUCACAGAGGUGGUCAACCAGCUUCAGGAAAUUGCGGCGGCGCGAAACGUCAACCCAAAGUCUCCCAUCACAGAGCUUCUGGAGCAGAACGGAGGGUUUGGAAGUAACGGGGCUUUGGCGGCAACAACGAUGACCACGACGACGGCGGCGGCGGCGGCGGCGGCGGCACCCUCGCAGAUGCAACACAACAAUGCAGGCAUCUACGAUCCUGACCAGUCGGGCAGCGGCUUCCUGGACAUCCUCAAGGGAGGAACGGAGCGCAUCCUCACCAACAUCAAGGAUACCUCUUCCAAGGUCAUCCAGUCCGUAGCCAGCUACGCCAAAGGUGACCUGGAUAUAUCCUACAUUACCUCCAGAAUAGCAGUCAUGUCGUACCCGGCGGAAGGGGUGGAGUCGGCGAUAAAGAACAAUAUCGAGGACGUGCGCCUCUUUCUGGAUUCGCGGCACCCGGGACACUACGCCGUCUAUAACCUCUCCAGACGCUCCUAUAGGCCAUCCCGCUUCCACAACCGGGUUUCCGAAUGCAACUGGCAGGUGCGACGUUCUCCCAACCUGCGCAGUCUUUACAGCGUGUGCAAGAACAUGCACCAGUGGCUCAAGCAGGACCAGAGGAACGUCUGCGUGGUGCACUGCCUGGAUGGCAGGGCGGCGUCCGCUGUGGCCGUUUGCUCCUUCCUGUGCUUCUGCCGCCUCUUCACCACGGCCGAAGCGGCGGUCUACAUGUUCUCCAUGAAAAGAUGCCCGCCCGGCAUCGCCCCAUCUCACAAGAGGUACAUUGAGUACAUGUGUGACAUGAUGGCAGAGGAGCCCAUCAUGCCACACUGCAAGCCGGUGGUCAUCCGCGCCAUCACCAUGACGCCAGUGCCGCUGUUUAACAAGCAGCGCAACGGCUGUCGCCCUUUCUGUGAGAUCUACGUCGGCGACGAGAGGGUCCUCACAACCUCGCAGGAGUACGACCGGAUGAAGGAUUUUAAGAUGGAGGACGGAAGAGCGGAGAUUGCUCUCAACGUGACCGUCCAAGGAGAUGUGCUGGUGGUGAUCUACCACGCCAGGUCCACGCUGGGAGGUCGUCUGCAGGCCAAGAUGGCGUCCAUGAAAAUGUUUCAGAUCCAGUUCCACACAGGCUUUGUCCCCAGAAAUGCCACCACCGUGAAGUUUGCCAAGUACGACCUGGACGCCUGCGACAUCCAGGAGAAAUAUCCGGACUUGUUCCAGGUCAACCUGGACAUUGAGGUGGAGCCCCGGGACCGGCCCAGCGCCAAGACUCUGCCAUGGGACAGUUUCCAAACCAAGGGCCUCAACCCUAAGAUCCUCUUUUCGUCUCGCGAUGAGCAGCAGGAGAUCCUCAGCAAGUUUGGUAAGCCAGAACUGCCCCGCCAGCCGGGAUCCUCGGCGUUCUAUGACUCCAAUUCGCAGCCGCAGCAACCCGCGCAAACGUCGGAAAGCUCAACCGCCUCGGAAACGGAAUCUCCCGUGAACAGCGACACCAACGCCAACAACUUCUUCCAGACGCUGGAUUGGGAAGACGUCGGCGGGCCACAGGAUGCGGCAGGCAUACAAGCGGGAGGCUCCUCGAAUGAGCAGGAAGACCUCAGCGACCAGUCUGAAGGAGAGUCCUGCUCGUACUCGGCCCCCAGCGGCGGGCCUUUGUCGCGGGACAACAGCGAGCCGCUCUUCGAUGCCGACUUCCAGACUCCGACUCCCACCGCCGAGGACUCUCCAGCUGAAGACACAGCGGAUCUCUUAGGGCUGAACUCGGAGCCCCAAGCGCCGACGAGCUCCUCCGCUGGCCUGAAGGCCUCGGCCAGCCACGGCGACCUACUCAACGACCUGUUUGCGCCACCUGCUGGACAGACGGCAGCGACCCAGGAGGACCUGUUCUUCGGCGGCUCCAAGCCCAUGAGCGAUCCGUUUGACCCGUUCGGGAUGGGCUCCAGCUCAGGGGUGGGCUCCAGCGUGGGCUCGUCCCGGCAGGCCUCCGGCCCCGACCUGUUCGGGGACCUGAUGAUGGGUUCCGAGAGUUUGGCGCCGAGCAAAGCGGCUCCGACUUCCAACGCCAGCCUCUUUGACCUCAAUAAGUUGGUAAACAGCGCUCCGAAGAUGACGUCGUCCGCCAGUCACCCGGACCUCCUGGGCGGGUGGGACAGCUGGGCGGCGAGCACGUCGGCGGGCAUGAGCGCCACUGCCAGCAGGCCCGCCUACGUCAGCGCCGCUUCAAGUAUGUCAUCCGUGAACAAGACCAAGUCUCAGACCUUCGAUCCCUUCGCCGAUUUGGGCAACCUCGGCUCCAAUUUACAGAAUUCGACCACCAAUAACUUCCCCGGGCCUACCAAGGCUGCACCGUCCUCCUCUUCGUCUUCGGCGAAGCCUCAAGGCCCGCCGGCAUCCUGGCAAGGCGGCAAAGCCCCCAAGGGCCACAACAAACCCUGGAAGUCCGGAUCCGGGUCUGCACCCAAAGCGUCGGCGGCCCCUCCGUCCGCCGGCAAGCCCAAUUAUAACUUCAACUUCCCCAGCGUUAUCGGAGGUCGCGAGGAAAGGGGCGUUCGGGCUCCGGGAUUCGGCCCGAAGCCCAAGGUCACGGAGGACGACUUUGGGGACCUGCUGUCAACUCAGGGCUUUUCUUCCAAGACGGAUAAAAAAGGGCCCAGGACCAUUGCGGAAAUGAGAAGGCAGGAGAUCACAAAGGAAAUGGAUCCCCUUAAACUGCAGAUCUUAGACUGGAUCGAGGGCAAGGAGAGGAACAUCCGUGCGCUGCUAUCCACAUUGCACACGGUGCUGUGGGAAGGCGAGACCCGCUGGAGGCCGGUGGGCAUGGCCGACCUGGUCACGCCGGACCAGGUGAAGAAAUUCUACAGGAAGGCUGUCCUCGUGGUCCAUCCAGAUAAGGCAACGGGCAAACCUUACGAGGAUUACGCUAAGAUGAUCUUCAUGGAGCUGAACGACGCCUGGUCAGAAUUUGAGAACCAGGGAUCCAAAGCGCUAUUUUAGGAGGGAAAACAACAAAAAUGACACAAAGUGACGGUCCGGAUGUGGACUGCGUUUGAACAAACAUGGAGCCUGAUUGGACGAGACUGAGCCCACAUUGGGCCUUCUGUUUUUGCGGGGUUCAGAGGUCUUGCACAGACUCUGGGAGGUGUCCCUCUUUCACUCCCUUUGCUAUCUCUCCAUGUCCUCGCAAGGAAAAAAAAAACCAACACUCUUGACUCACUUCAAACAUUCGAGGAGUGAAAAUCGGGACGAGAUUGAGGAAUUCCCCGAAUGCUGAAAAAUCACAAUGACUUUUGCAAACAAAAAAGGCUACAUGCUAAAAUGCUAACAUCUGCUGUGUCAGUGUUGCAGACAACUGUACAAAUUGGCUGCCAAAAACAAUGUGAUUAUGCGUCUGCCGCUUACUUCUUAGCUUUGCGCUAAUUUCUGACAAAAAAAACAAAAAACAUCAACCACACAAACAAAAGUGCUCUUUUAUUUAAUAUAGUCGUCCACUCGUGCUAUGCUAUGUGGCUAACAAUAAGGCUCUUAAAGAUGGAGGGUGGAGAGCAUUCAUUUAUCUCCAUGCUGUGCUACUGCUAACUACUGACACCCCAGCAAUCCAGCUCGUGACGAUGGGGGGAGAGCAGUCGGUUAGUUUCAUGUUACGCAGCUCACCAUAUGCCCUCCGACAAUGUGACACACAAAGGAAAGUGUACAUGCAGUUAGCAUCAUGCUAUGCUAACUCACUGACAUCGUGCACCCCAACAAUCGGGGUUUUUUUUUUAAUAAUGUGGCAGAGUGGUCGGUUAGCCUCAUGCUAUGCUAUGUCGCUAACUCGACUCAGUCCGACUAUGAAGUAGCUCAUUUUGAUGGGAGCGUGUCAGUUAGCUUCACGCUGAGAUAAUUCCCCAAACACAUGCACCCAAACAGUCAGGCUAGUCCGGCAAAGCAUUGAGUUUGGGCUAAUACUUUGCUCUGACGCUAACCUCCCGACAAUGACCGAGUGAAGUUGGCAUGGUAGCCAAGCGUAAUCCUAACCACACAUGCUACAUGUCGGACGGGAGCUCGCGCAUGUUGGCAGCGCUUGCUAAUAUUUGAACAAGCGAGGCUGAUGUUUUUGGAUUGACGUCCAUCAACUAGAACAGGGCACGUGAUCGAUUAGCAUAUUUCACGUGGGUACAUUGUGGGUGGAAUUAUUAUAAAUACAAUACAUCCAUCAAGUGGCUUCGUGAAGAUGACAUUUGAGUGCCGUGUGUGUGCGUGGGUGCGUGUGUGUGUGUGUACGCAGGCGUGCGUGCUUUUUCCUAAGAAUAACAUCACACACUGUUGUUAAUUGACUUUGUUUUAGUUCACAUUUUUACCUCAUGGGCCAAUCCAAUCACUUUAUUAUUUAUUAUUAGUAUUAUUAUGACAUUCUAUUCAUGGCUGAUUAAAAACAAUAUGAAUUGAAAAAAAAACCCGUUAGAUUUUCAUAUGAUAAUGUUUUAGAGGGUGUGUGGGGGACCUCUUUGAUUCCAUUCCAGAGCUUAUUAAUAAGAAUGUGCUUUUUACAAAUACAUAAAUAUAUAUAUAUCCUUGUUGUGAUACAUCCUCUUUUUUUUUUUACUUGUUUUCUUUGUUUAUAUUUUCUAAUUGAGUUGACAGUAUAAUCAUAUGGAUGGAAAACAUCAUUACACUGUCUAAAAAGUGAAUGUAGAAAAAAAUGAUUAAAUGUUCUGAGGGAAAUAA